AUGACGACUCAUAUUUCCAUGGACUUCGAAGAAGGCAGAGGUCCUAUUCUUCAAUGCAUGGGUAACAGAGGAUUCUGUAGGUCUUCCUGCAAAAAGGGUGAACAGGCCUACUUCUACUGCAGAACUUACCAGACAUGCUGCCUCCAGUCCUACGUGAGGAUCAGCCUUACCGGUGUAGAUGACAACACUAACUGGUCUAAUGAGAAACACUGGCCAAGAAUACCGUGA